CGGAGUCAAUCAAGCAAGCACACAACACAGCACAGCACGCUUCUCUUAUUUCCUCUCUUCCUCCUCGGAAGCGCCACUUGGACACGCUGUGUUCGUAUCGGAUCCCACCUUGCGAUUGGUUGGUGUUCGGGAGCCAUGGAAGACCCGGAAAACAACAGUGGGAGUCGUGGGAGGAGGCAGAAGGGUAUAGUGCGGCUCGUGUUGCCGGAUGGUGGCACGCGCCGAAGUGCGCCGCUGGUUGUUGAGAAGGAGGCUUCGACGUCGCUUCCACCUCCCAAGAAGAUAAGAAGCCCGGCUUCCUCGCCGCGGCUUGCCGCCUCCUCCGCCCCGAUCUUUCCCUUCUCUUGCGAGGAUUCCCUGCCCGUUCUGCAUGCACCUUUCUUGCCUCCUUCGGUCGCCGGUCGGUUUCAGCAGCAGAUGAUUUGUUUCGCACGGAGUGAUCGGCAUCAGGUUGGAGCUCAUCCACAUACUCCAUGGCUUAUGGCCGAAGGAGUUCGCACGAUGAGUCAGCAGCGGCAGCAGCAGAAGCAGAAGUACCAUGAGCAUCUCCUUAAGUACUGGAGCGAAGGACUCAACCUUAGCCCCCGCGGCAACCUGAUGGGCCCCGGACUCUUCCGGCCCCCUGUGCCGACGAAGCUUUACCGCGGCGUGAGGCAGCGGCACUGGGGCAAGUGGGUGGCGGAGAUCCGCCUCCCGAAGAACCGCACCCGCCUCUGGCUCGGCACCUUCGACACCGCGGAGGCCGCGGCCCUCGCGUACGACCGCGAGGCGUUCAAGCUCAGGGGCGAGAACGCGCGGCUUAAUUUCCCCAACCUCUUCCUCGGCCAAGGGGCUUCUUUCUCUUCCUCAUCCUCUGCUCCUGCCACCCCGGAAGAAACCAACCAACAGCAGCAGGAUGAGCCAAGCGAACCUUCUCAGCUGCAACCCCAAACCGAAACCCCAUCUGCUUCUGCUGCGACCACAGUUGGUGGCAUGAGCAUGGUUACGACGCAGACGACGGAGAUGGUCUGGGGAGAGGCCGACGAGGCAUGGUUCAGCACCUGGGGUCCGGGGAGCUACGUAUGGGACGACAUCGACGAAGCUAAUAGCAUACUCUUCCAGUCCCAGCUCACCAGCAUUGCUGAAUCCAACAUUGGCUGCUUGGAUUCCACAGCAUCAACAGCGACAGCAGCACGUCAGGACACUAGCGCACCCCCUACUUCUUCUCCUUCCCGGUUUAUGUGGAAGGAGUGAUCAUAGUCUCUCUGCUUGCUUUCCUUCGUUCUGCAACUUCCACAUCGCAUGCACAGCCCAUUCAUUUUAGGAACAGUUCAAUGGCUGCAGAUUUUUACGGAGCAGCCUGUGACUAUAGGAAUCUUAUCUUCACGCUGGCGAGAUACGACUUGGAGCAUAUAUUCCUCAGCAAUCUUUCAGAAUUCCUUUUGCUGCACCAAUCAAAUUCCACGGUGUUCCUGCUUUGACCGCAGUUAUUACACGCCACGCCAAUAGCAGGUUGACCUUCUGCUUCCUAACUUCACCUCUGUCCUAUAUGGAUUUUCGUGGGUUAAUUAUUUGUAAUUUAUUAUUUUUAAAUCAUGAUCUCUAUUGUUAUAUUUAUAAAAGUAAAAUAUUUAAUUUUAAAUUUUCUCAUAAAUAUCAUAAAAUUUAUCAUUAACACGUAUGAUAUUUUUAUCAACGGAAUUGAUGAUGUACGAAGAAAUUAGGUUAAAUAUUUUACUUUGAUAAGUAUAGAGAUUUUAAUGUAACUCAUAAAGAUAUAAGGAUCCAAAUAUUAAAAAAACUAAUUACAGAGACACUAUAUUAUUAAUCCUUUCUCAGUACUUACUAUUGAAAAAAUAUGGAGCUAUCAUUAUGUGUUUAGAAUAAACAAUUUUGAGUCCUCCAUCCAUAAAGGUUUGAUUUAAUAUAUAUUUUCUUAAUUUUCAAGAUCAAUUGUCCAACUCGUGUGUUGUAGAGGUAGUCAACAAAUUGUGAAAAAAUCAUCAAUAAAGAGUUGAGUCACACAAGUUUAACCUCACAUUGAAAAUAAAUAAAGAUAUAUUCAUACAAAUUUGAUGAUUUUAUCAUUAUUAAUUUAGAUUUAAAUAUCUUAAUUUAAUAAUUUAAGUUUAUAAAUUAAUGGGUCAAUCAUUGACAAAGGAUUGUGAGAUUUUCUUUAUCAUUCAAAAGUUUUUUUUUCCAUGAUAGCCUUAACAUUGGGUAACCACUAAAUUCUUCUCGAAAUGAUUUUUAGUAAAUAUGAAUUUUAAUUGAAUGUCGAAGCAAAGAUCAUAAAACCAAUUUAUCGUUAAAAAUGAUAUCUCUCAACUAAUAAAGAUCUUGAUACUUGAUGACGUCUAAUUAGCUUUAUUUAUAUAUAUCUAAUCACACUGCAUUGAUGAAAACUCUCAAUAAUUCAGAUGACUCUUCACAUUUAAAUAAUACCCAAUAUUUUGACAAAAUAAUGUAUGACAAAAUAAGUAUUAUAAUUUUAAGGUCUAAAAUGGAGCCUUUACUUGUUUCAAUACCACAAAUCAAAUCUUUAUCGUUUAUCAUAAACUUAGACAUGGGAAUACAAAUUUGUCUAUCUUAUCUUUCUAAGUUAGUUUUGAAAGUUUAUUUUUUUAUAUUGAUGUGUCCUUGUAGCUUUAAAUAGAUUAUUUUAUUAUAUUUAACUUAAGUUAAUUUAUUUCUCAACCAUUUUCUAGUAUAGAUCAUGUGCUUGUCACAGUCCAGAUCGCAGAUCAUAGAUUAUUGUGAUGUGUUCGAUUAUGUCACAUCAAUUUAUCAUGGAGUCAUGCUAUUGUAAUUCAAUAGAGACCCUAUUUAAUUGACUCAUCAAUUUUAUUUAUCUUAAAUUAUUAAUUAAAAUAUUUAAACUUAAAUCCAUAAUAAUACAUUCAUCAAAUUCUUACGAGUCGAUUUCAAUUUUAUAUAUUUUUGAUACGUUACAAUGUUCUCUCACUUGUUCUCAUUGAUUUAGAGAUAUGGCAGCUAUCUUUUCUUCGUAUCCUUUAUAAUUUCGGGAUUUGCCAAUCUUUAGCAUCCAUUGCUUGUGAGAGAUGCUUCUUAAUUCUGGUCAAUCACCUUCAAGACCGCCAUGGCACGGCAAGAAAUGUAUUGACAAAACCAUCCAUUCUCAGGUACAAUUAGUGGGAUGUUGGUAGUGGAAGUAGCUAUGUACUCUGUAUUUUAAAUGCUGCUGUAUGACUGGCUAAUCAUAUUGUGUGAAUGACAAAAAGAACAUUUAGCCAAGAAUAAUAUAGACUGUAGGAACUCUGAUUCGUUCAAA